AUGUCAGAUAAAAACAACCUCACUGAAGGUGGAAAUGCCGCUUUCCACAAUUACAUCAAUGACUUCGCUGACAUCGAAGAUCCGAUGGAAAGAAGAAGAUUGGCAUUAGAAAAAAUGGAUAAUGAGGGCUUUGGUCUUGCACAAGUGAAAAUUAUCGUUGUUGCCGGUGUUGGUUUUCUAUGUGAUGCUUACGAUAUUUUUGCAAUCAACUUGGGGGUCACCAUGUUAGCUCAUGCCUAUUGGGGAGGUAAGAUUCCUGCUUCCACUGAAACAUUAUUGAAGGUUUCAACUUCAAUCGGAACUGUUAUUGGACAAAUUUCCUUUGGCAUUUUGGGUGAUGUCCUUGGUAGAAAAGGUGUUUAUGGUUUAGAAUUGAUUAUUAUGAUCAGUGCAUGUUUAAUUCAAUGUGUCUUGGGCGAAUCUCCAGCCAUCAACUUCAGUGCCAUCUUCACGUUCUGCAGAAUCAUUAUGGGCAUUGGUAUCGGUGGUGACUAUCCAUUGUCUUCAAUCAUCACUUCUGAAUUCUCAACUACUAAAUGGAGAGGUGCAAUAAUGGGUGCCGUAUUUGCCAACCAAGGUUGGGGUCAAUUAUUAGCAGGUCUUGUUGCACUCUGUUGCGUUUCUGGAUUUAGAAGUGAAAUCGAUAAGGACCACUGUGAUGAAGCUUGUAUAAAAGCGUGUGAUAUGAUGUGGAGAAUUGUUAUCGGAUUUGGAUGUGUGCCUGCUUGUUGCGCCUUGUAUUUUAGACUCACAAUUCCAGAGUCCCCAAGAUAUACCAUGGAUAUCGAAAACGAUAUUGAAAAAGGUGCUGCUGACACUAGUAAAUUCACCGGUGAUGAAAAAAAGGGAGACAUCGAAGAAGUGGUUUCUCAAAAUGGCACUAUUAUCGAAAUCAACAAUUCAAAGAAAGGAAAAGAAGAAGCUGCUUCGACCUCUGCUUCUUUCAAAGAUUUUUGCAGACAUUUUGGUCAAUGGAGGCAUGGUAAAAUUUUACUUGGGACCGCAGGUUGUUGGUUCAUGUUAGAUGUUGCAUACUAUGGUAUUGGUUUGAAUUCUGCAACUAUCUUACAAGCUAUCGGCUUUGCAUCUAGUGAAAACGUCUACAAAAAGCUUUAUAACUCAGCUGCUGGUAACUUAAUUAUGGUUUGUGCGGGUUCAAUUCCGGGUUAUUGGUUUUCCGUAUUCACAAUUGAUCCAAUAGGUAGAAAACCCUUGCAGGUUUGUGGUUUUGCUGCGUUAACAAUUUUGUUGUUCGUCAUUGGUGGUGCAUAUCAUAAAUUGAGUGAGGGUGGUUUAUUAGCUCUAAGGCCUAUACAAGAAAAAAUAUAUACUAACAAAAUCAAUAGUAACGCCACUACCUUCAUCAUUCCAGGAGAAAUUUAUCCAACAGCUUAUAGAAGUAGUGCACAUGGGAUCAGUGCAGCAUCAGGAAAACUUGGUGCUAUCGUCGCACAAUGUGCCAUUGGGACUUUAGUCAACCGCGGAUGUUCAAAAGAUAAUCAAAAUUGCUUUUUGCCACAAGUCAUGAUGAUAUUCGGGGCUUUCAUGGGGGCAGGUACAUUGUUAUCUACUUUGAUUCCAGAAACUAAAAGAAAAACUCUUGAACAAUUGGCAGAGGAGCUUCAUGGUGAAGUUCAAUAUCAUGGCCCUUCCAUAUCCGCUGCAUCUGAUUAG